AACUACAAGAACAGCCGGCGGGCCGCGCGCGGCUCGCGGCACUUGGGCUCUGCGCUCCUCCCUCCCGCAGCGCCUGCUCCGUGCGUCGGCCGCCAGGGUCCCGCGCAGCCCGGGAGCGGCGGGCGCCUUGCACGCUCUGCCGCCGACGGAUCCGGACCGGAGCCGCAAUGCCGGGCAACUCGAGACAGGCGGGCUCGGCCCUGCUCUCCCAGCAGGAAGACCAGGAGAAUGUCAACCCCGAAAAAGUGGCGCCAGCCCAGCAGCCGCGGGCGCAGGCGGUGCUGAAGGCCGGGAAGGUGCGGGGACCGGCGCCGCAGCAGAGGCUCAAGACUCGGCGGGUUGCGCCUCUUAAGGACCUUCCUAUAAACGAUGAGCACGUCCCUACUGUUCCUUCAUGGAAAGCAGUCAGUAAACAGCCUGCCUUCACCAUUCAUGUGGAUGAAGCUGAAGAGACUCAGAAGAGGCCAGCUGAGCAAAAAGAAACUCAGUGUGAAGAUGCCCUGGCUUUUAGUGCCGCUGUCUCUUUACCCGGAGCCAGAAAACCACUGGUACCUCUUGAUUAUCCAAUGGAUGGUAGUUUUGGUCAGACACAUGGAAGGCAGAAUAGCUGCUAUAGACAGCUCUGCCGGUGCUAUGAUCUCACUGUGGAGACCAGAGAUGUUGAAUCACCCCAUGCUAUGGAUAUAUCUAUUGUCUUAGAAGACGAAAAGCCAGUGAAUGUUAAUGAAGUACCUGACUAUCAUGAAGAUAUUCACACGUACCUUAGGGAAAUGGAGGUUAAAUGUAAACCUAAAGUGAGUUAUAUGAAGAGGCAGCCAGACAUCACUAACAGUAUGCGGGCCAUCCUUGUGGACUGGCUAGUUGAAGUGGGAGAAGAAUAUAAACUACAGAAUGAGACCCUGCAUUUGGCUGUGAACUACAUUGAUAGAUUCCUCUCCUCCAUGUCUGUGUUAAGAGGAAAGCUUCAGCUUGUGGGCACAGCUGCUAUGCUGCUAGCUUCAAAGUUUGAAGAAAUAUACCCCCCAGAAGUAGCAGAGUUUGUGUAUAUUACGGACGAUACCUAUUCCAAGAAGCAGGUUCUGAGAAUGGAGCACCUUGUAUUGAAAGUCCUUGCUUUUGACUUGGCUGCACCAACAGUAAAUCAGUUCCUUACCCAGUACUUCCUGCACCUGCAGCCUGCCAACUGCAAGGUAGAAAGCUUAGCGAUGUUUUUGGGAGAGUUAAGUUUGAUAGAUGCUGACCCAUACCUCAAGUAUUUGCCAUCGCUUAUUGCUGGAGCUGCCUUCCACUUAGCUCUCUACACAGUCACAGGACAAAGCUGGCCUGAGUCAUUGGUACAAAAGACUGGAUAUACCCUAGAAAGUCUUAAGCCUUGUCUCAUGGACCUUCACCAGACCUACCUCAAAGCACCACAGCAUGCCCAACAGUCAAUAAGGGAAAAGUACAAGCAUUCAAAAUAUCACAGUGUUUCUCUUCUCAACCCACCAGAGACACUAAAUGUGUGAGAGUGAAAGACUGAAAUGGAAAUCGCUCAGAGUUCAUGCUGUACAGUUUUUAUCUUUGGUUUUAAUUUCACAAUCAUUUCUGAAUGUAGAUGGUAUAGCCACAGACAAAUUAUGUUAUCCAUUACUUUUAAAAUGGUUUUAAUUUGUAUAUCUUUUGUACAUGUGUCUAUCUUAGAUUUUGGCUAAUUUUUAAUUGGUUUGUUAACAUUGGUGCUGCCAACUGUCAAGAUAAUAAGAAUAAAUUGAUUUGGAAAUCUUUGAAA